AUGUCAGUCAUUCGCCAGGUAACUAAAAUCAACGCUAGAUUUGCAUCUGCACAAUUUAGAAGAUCAGUGCCGGCUCUUAUAUCACAAUCAGUCAGAUUCAACUCCACCACAGCAGCAGCACCUGCCGCAGAAUCUGCUCCAGUAGACCCUAAAAUCAGCCAAAUUGUUGACCAAAUCUCCGUUUUGACACUUUUUGAAACUUCGCAAUUAGUUUCUGAGCUUAAAUCAAGACUCAACAUCAGUGAUAUUGCACUCCCAGCUGCUGGCGCUGCUGCUCCAAGCGGUGCCUCAGCUGCACCAGCAGAGGAAGAAGAAGCUAAAGUACCUGUUGAAGAGAAAACCAUCUUCACCAUUAAAUUAGAGAGUUUUGAUGCCAAAUCUAAGCCAAAGAUCAUCAAGGAAGUCAAGGGUUUGUUGGGCUUGAGUUUGGUGGAAAGUAAGAAAUUUGUCGAGAGUGCGCCAAAGGUGUUGAAAGAGAAUGUUGCUAAAGAAGAUGCCGAUAAGAUCAAGGCCACUUUGGAAGGAUUGGGCGCUAAGGUUACCUUGGAGUAG